ACAUUAUCGGAGUUAUGUACUAUCGACCUUACAUUAUUAUCUCGACAUGUCACAACAGAAACGAUUAUAUCGAGGGUUUGUUUCAACAAUUGUGGUGUGAUCGGCUGCGUUUCAUCACGCGAGAAAAAAUUGAUAACGUGACUACGGCAGCAGACGCCCCAGAGGAAAGGGUGCCUCCCGCAGCAGGCCCUCAACAAACGGCAGAAAGUGGGAUGGGAGAAGCGGAUUGGCGGCCUUUCGUAUAUGGAGGUCUUGCUUCCUGCGCAGCCGAAUUCGGUACAUUUCCAAUUGAUACUACGAAGACUCGUCUGCAAAUUCAGGGGCAGAAAAUUGAUAGCAACUAUGCUGAGCUUAAGUAUCGUGGAAUGAUUGAUGCUUUUUGUAAGAUAACAAAGAAAGAAGGUUUUGGGGCAUUAUACGCUGGUAUUUGGCCCGCUGUUCUAAGGCAAGCCACCUACGGCACGAUAAAAUUUGGCACGUAUUAUUCGUUGAAACGCAUUGUUUCGCAAGGCAAGGAAGAUGAUGUUGCCGUCAAUGUGUGUUGUGCAGUUAUUGCAGGCAUGGUCUCCAGUGCAAUUGCCAAUCCAACAGAUGUACUUAAGGUGCGCAUGCAAGUGCUGGGUGGCCAGAGAGGAUUGCUUGACUGUUUCCAAGAAGUUUAUCGGUAUGAAGGAGUUGGUGGGCUGUGGAGGGGUGUUGGACCCACAGCCCAACGAGCAGCAGUCAUUGCGGCUGUGGAAUUGCCUGUUUAUGACUUCUGUAAACAACACCUAAUGACAACAUUUGGCGAUCAUGUUGCUAAUCACUUUAUUUCCAGUUUCAUAGCAAGCCUUGGUAGUGCAGUAGCAUCAACACCAAUUGAUGUUGUACGUACAAGGCUGAUGAACCAGAGGAAACUUAAAGCUGUAACCCGUGAUACCAAAUCUGUUCGCAUAUAUACUGGCAGUAUUGAUUGCCUUGUCCAGACAGUGAAGAAUGAAGGAUUUCUUGCCUUAUACAAAGGCUUUAUUCCCACAUGGGUUCGAAUGGGGCCCUGGAAUAUCAUAUUCUUUGUAACUUACGAACAGCUGAAGCAGUUGUACUGAGGAGCAUUCUACUCAUGCCAUUUACAGCAUUUACCAAACACAAUACUUAUUAUUUAUUUUACACUGUUCUUUUAAGUAUUCUGCUUGUAGAGCACAGCCCAAAGGUUCAUAUUUUUAAGAGUGGUCAAAGCAUUGUGUUUGUUGCAUUUUCAGAUUGUGCUGUUUAUGUAGUCAAAGCUUUAAUUUGUGGCAGUGAAUCUCACUUUUCAUUUUCCAUUUUUGUCAUUGUUUUUGAAGAAGUUAUGCUUUCUUGUUAAAGGAAACACACAGCUGACUAAAAAAUAAAUAAAAAUACAGUAUUUAAUGGACACAUCUGAAAUCUAUGUUUAAAGAAAUGGCAUACAUCAAGAAACAGCAGGUUUCAAAGUCAGAAGAGUCAGUUUUUAAUCAUUGUACAAUGUUUCAUAGAAAAAGUAUUAUGCACAGUAUUCCUGUAAAGGGAUGGACCUUUACAUUUAAUGUGUAGUACUGUUCCAGAUAUUCUAAUGAAUCACCUGAGAAUUGGGAAUUCUAUGUUUGGAUUAACUAUGUUUGUUAGUACUUAAGAUAGGCCUUAUAAUGAGGUCCAGUAUCUGUUGACAAAAGAGGAACUGUGAUACGUCAAAAAUUGUAUUGCGUAGAUACUUUUUUUAAUUCCAUUGUAACAGCAAAUUGGUUGCAUUUGAGCAGAAUUUUGUUUCAAUAUUGUUAUACACUUUUGAUAAAAAAAAUUCAUUUCACGGAAUCACACUAAAUAUAACAUUUUAAAAAACUUUUUUAUUUAACUUAUAACAGAACAUAUUUAUAAUGGUUUAUUACUUUGAAGACUGAAAAAUUUCAAGUAGUGUUCAAAGCAUUAGAUGCUUCUGACUAUUCUUGUGUAGCAACUGCUGGUCAGUUUGCCUUAAGUAAGUGAUGUGACUCAUUUCCAAAGAUUUAAAGAACAAGUGGCAGACAAAGAAUGACACUUACCAGUAUUGCAAUCAUUGUUCACAACUGAUUGGAUAUAAAGGUUCCUUCAAUUGCAUAAAUACUGUUAUCCAUCAAUUAUUCUAAAUUUCAUGAAAGGUAAGCAGUGGUGUAAUUUUUAGUACUUUUCCAGAAAUACUCUUAUAUUGGUCAGUCCCAGCACUGUCAAGUUCCAGUUAUGUAUCAAUGAAUUUGAAUAUUGGCAGCUUAUUUACAUAAUCAAUAUUUUCAGAAAAAAGGUAGGCAAGAAACUGUCAAAAUGUAACUGUUAAAUUUCUGCAAUCAGAAUGCACAGUGGUAUUUGUGAAUCAAUUUUGAAUUGGGUUUUACAAUUUAAAAAUUGGCUUGAAGAAGAAGUGGAUCUCUAAAAGAUAUGUUACUACUAGUGGCAUGAGCAAGAAUUAGGACAAAUUCCACUGAAAAAAAAAAUGUAUUAAUAUAAAACCUGCAUUUAUACUCCACCCCUUCAUUCUUGCUCAGAUUCACAUUUGUUCAAACAUACUUACACUUACAAAGUUAGUCUACUCUAAUUCUGUACAGAAUGCAGAAAUUUAUUGUGCACUUUUUAUGACAUUGGUAUAACAUCCAGUGCAGCAUACCAAUCAAUAUUGUUCUCUACUCUGUUAUUGAUUCUAGUACUUUAUCCACUAUAGGAAUCAAAUUUUGACUUCUGUCUAUAGGGUUAAAUUAUACAGAAUCUAACUGGUUCAGGAUUGUGUGUCUGCCCCCCCCCCCCCCCCCCCCCCGCCCUCCCCUCUCCCUGUUGGACACACAUGUUGAUUAAAUUUUACAGACUGUCUGUCAGUGAAGCUCCAAUACAAAUCUCUUUCUGAACUGUCCCUUCAAUGCACGUUUAAAUUUUUGUUUAAUUUUUUCUUACUUCAUAUUGAAAAUAUUUUAUAAUAUUACGUGGAAUAUGUCAUCUCUUGCCUAAACUCUACUUUCUGCAGUUAGCUGCUUAGUUUUUUUCUUUGUUGAACUCUAUGUGUUUGGAGCUAAAUCAAGUUAUUCUAAGAACUGAAUGCUGUAAAGUGCCUGUGUAAGACCAUAUAUGUGCAUAGUGUCAAAUAUCAGCAUAUGAAUAUGAAAAAGAGCGUUGCCUUUCUAAUAAUCAUCCUGCUUAACUAGAUGAAUAGAAAUUUCAAACUAAGUCACUAUUUAAGAACUGUUGAAAUUCAAAAACGUUCUACAGUAUCUAUGCAUCCACUCAAGCUGGUUUGUUUUGAUAGUAACUAGAUAUUGUGUAUUUUUGUUUAAGUCACUUUCAGUAUGUUUCUCCUUUUCUUCCUGUAGAGUGGAUAUUUAUAAUACAGUAUUAUGUUGAUCAUUGAAGUAAUUCUUAACUAACCUAGUCAAGUUGUUCAAUUCACCUUAAAUACAGAUUGAAGAUGUAACUUGCCAGUAUAGAAACACUCAUUGUGUUCUCAUUUAUCAAGAGGAACCCACAUAGUCAAUACAAACUAUACAGGGUGUAUCAAAAAGGAUGACAUAAACUUACACGGCUGAAAGUACAUGAUAAUAGAAGUACAAAUGUCCAGUAAACUUGUGCUCUAAGAUGCAUACCUUAACAGCUAUGAGCACCUGUUCAUUUUCGGUACUUUAUAACACAACUCUUCUAAUGAACAAGUGCUCAGAACUUUUAAGGUAUGCAUUUUAGAGCACAUGUUUACGGGACAUUUUUUUCUUGUUUUGUUCCAUACUACCACUUCGCAAAAUAUGGAAAGCAAAGAUCUUGCAGUAGAAGAGAUUUGUUUCACAGUAUUAAAAAUCAAGACUAUUUCAUAGCUCUUAAGGUAUGCGUUUGAGAGCCCAUGUUUACUUGAUAUUUGUGCUUCUAUUAUUGUGUACCUUCAGCUGUGUAAGUUUGCGCCAUCCUUUUUGAUACACCCUGUAUACUGUAUUUAAUUGACCUCAAUUUUUUGAAGAUAUUCCGUGUGAGAAAUUUUUAGUUUUAACACUUCUGAUUAAUCACAUUUGCAAACUUUAUUUAUACGUUAUCUUCAGGUCUGCCUAAUAAAGUUUAUACCAUCAUUUGUAAACAGCGGUGACUUUUUUAAGUAAAUUAUCUGAUGCUGAUAUACAAGUAGUUUUUCAUCAAAUGCCGUGGGAAACUAAUGAUCAAGUGUUCUUAUUCACCAUAAUGUGAGCUCUACUCUCUGCAUUAUUGUCAUGCAACUUUGCACAUUAAUUUGGAUUAUUUUUCAAGUAAUCAGGAAUCCUUAAUUGCAGUUGUCUUACACAUACUGGACCACUUGUUGCUCUGUUUUGUGAAACAUUCCCCUGAUUCAGUCCCCUGAGAGUUUGGCAUGUAGAACUAAUGAUCUCUAAUUCAUUCUUAUCUGACUCUGCCUAUGAAAAUUUACUUCUGGGACAUCAAAUUUUCUUUCUGUUUCACAGUUGUGUGUGGCCUCUGCUUUGUAGAUAACUGUUGUCUUAAAAUUAGUGCCAUAUUGCCAGCGUGCACCAUUUGUGAACUUCACUCUCAACAGUCACGGCUGUCACUUUCAUCUGUUAUCAAUCACUGCAAUUUACUGUUUUUAUAGCAGUAAGCAAACUGAAUAACAACAGUAUGUUAGCCCCUCAGCUUACUAGGGCGGAAUUAACAGAAAUUGGACCUUGUUGGACUAACUUUGCCCUUCAUUUGUUGCCAAACUUGAAAAUCAGCAGUGUUCCUGAGCUUUAGCACUGUUGUCAAACACUGUGUUUCAUGUAUUGUGUUGCAUCUCAAGUGUUCUGGGCAAACUUACUUAUUUUAUAAUUACUCUCGCUUCUGUAGAAAUGUAUGCUGUUGCUAAGUAUCUUAUCAAUUUGUAAAAACAGUCCUAUUCCUAUUUCAUUUGGAUUCACGAAAACUGUAGUUUAAUCAAGGUAGGUGUCAUAAAAAUCAAGGUUUGCGGGAUGCAUCACAUAGUUGACAGCUUGAUGAAAUUUGCUACCCACUCAUCUGUUCCUACCUGACAUUGGCCCAAGCUAUCUCACAUUGGCCCAAGCUGGUGCCACUGCACCUCAUCCCAGCCUUCUGAUAUCGCCAAAUCUUCAUUUAUAUUUGCUUCAGUGGCGAACUGUUAAUGCACUGUUCCCUUGUGUACAAUCUCAGAGGGACCUUUAAUAUUUCUUUGAGAAGUUUUCGCCCAAGGGUUUGUAGGAAUGAGAUAUCAGUGUCUCACGAUCCUUACAUGCCUCAUACCUUACUGUUGUUGGUACUUGUCUAUUUGUAAUUAUAAAAAAGUUGACCUUUUCUUUGUAAUAGCCUUUUAUAAACAAUAAGACUAAUUUCACAAUACUAAAUCUGAUUAAACUGUAGAUAAUUAAAACAGGUCAUUAUCUUUAAUAUGGGAGGCCAUGGAGGCUGGUAUAGUGACGAGAAGAGUUCACUGCGUGAAGUGUUCUGAGAAAACUUAUGUUCAUCAUUUACAAAGGUAGGAAUGAAACAGGGAUGUCAUUUCUGUAACUGAAGGUAUUAUUGAAAAGUCUCUCAGGAAGAGAUCAGUAUUUACAAUUGUAACAAAUAAACUGUGAAAUCCUAAUAAAUAUGUAUGGUUUUAAUGUCUGAUGUAUGUCAUCCAUUCAUUUAAUGUUGAGGAAGUUUAUUCCUUUGUUUGUACUCUUGCAUGUUGUUCUGUAUGCGUAUUCUUCUAAAGAGAGGUUCCAGCUAUAACAUCUAAAACUAAAAAUCCCCUAUACAACAGUAUAUUAAGUUCCUUGUAAUUUACAUAUUUUGUGUAUUUGUAAAGAGUAUGACUUAUUUCAGAGGAAUGUUGUAAAGAAUAAGAAUAAUUUGCUUGAAGUUAUACAAUUCUUAUCCACUUAAUUACAUUUACCUUGUCAAAGUAAAUCAUUGUCACUAGCAAGUGCAAUGUAAAUGAAUACAGUGAUAACUUUUCCUCAUCAGUGUUAUCUUUAAAGUAAUAAAUUUUCAAGUUGCAUUUAAGUUCAAAUGAGAGAUGUAUCCUCACAUAAGGCAUUAGUUCUCAGUUUCCUAUGUUCUCUGAACAAGGCUUCACACAUUUUCUUCUGUACAAACAUAUUUGAUCCACUUUAUGGAAUAAAUAUGAAAAAAAGAAGAGCUGAUGACCAAAAUGGAGACUCUCUCAUUAAAAGAACAAUAAAACUGUAACAGACGUGACAUUGGGGCCAUUCAUUUAAGAGAACGGUGAUUGCUGGGAUAUGGCCUAAAGGUGUAUGCAUGAAUGAAGUAAAUUAUAGGCAUAUGCUUCACAGAAAAACUGAUAACAAAAUGUAAAACAAUAUAGAAAGAAAUAUUCUCGGCAGAUAAGACAAACCACUUUUUAAUAAUAUCCUUGCAGUUAUUUCAUGACAAAUCGGCAAGUGUGUGUGUUUGUUGGCUCCAUCAAACAGUGAAUAAAUUUGGAUUUUUUCUUGACGGUGAAAGAUGUCAGUGUCAGCAUUCAUACAGUGAAAAACAAUUCAUCUUUGUUACUGUAUGUGUUGAGUAUUCUUACUCAUUGUUGAAACUAAAUUAUGGAUGUGAAAUGAAAUACCUGUAUGUUCUUGGCUGUUUUGAACUAGAGCCUGUAACUGAUUCUGUUUCAUUAAAUAAAGAAACACCUCAUAAUUUACAAAUCA